CACGCUUCUUUUUUCUCAGAAACCCUAAGAAAAAUACGCGUUUCUUCUCUGAAGAAAGAAACGCCGUCAUGUGUCUUCUCAAUUCUUCAAUCGCGAUUCAGCCUUGCUUCCUUCAUAACAUCUCGUUCCUUUCCUUUUGUUUCCUUUUGUUUCCUCUGUUUCAAACCUAACAUCUCGUUCCUUUCCUUCACUUUCGUUUCAUCUCAUCUCUCUGUUUCAAACCAUCUCUCUGUUUUCAUCUCAUCAAUCUCUCUGUUUCAUCUAUCUCAUCUCUCUGUUUCAAACCAUCUCUCUGUUUUCAUCUCAUCCAUCUCUCUGUUUUCAUCUAUCUCAUUUUUUCCUUUAUCCUGUCUGUGUUAAUUUUUCCUUCAUCUGCUGUUUUCAUCUCAUCCAUCUCUCUGUUUUCAUCUAUCUCUCUGUAUUCAUCUGUGUUAAUUUGUCCUUCAUCUCUCCUUAAUGGCUUCAACCUCAAAUGUUGGAGCUUCUUCUGCUGCCACUGUUAAUGAAGCUCCACCUUCUGCUUCUGCUGCUCGUGUUAGGGUUCCUCCUAAAAAUGCAUCUGGAAACAAGACUGAUCCAGCAUGGGAAUAUGCUACAUCGAUUGAUAUAAAAACAAGAAAGGUGAAGUGUAAACUUUGUGACUGGGAAUUCACAGGAAAUGCUUUCAGAAUUAAGCAUCAUUUGGCUGGCACUAAUAGUAAUGUUAGGCCUUGUCCAAACUGUCCUCCGGAAGUCAGGAAAAAGUUUUUGGUUAUUACUGAUGGCUUACAAGAGAAGGAAAAAGAAAGAGUCAAGGAGAGCUAG